CAACAUAUUUCUCUGUUCUGUUUUGUUCUUUUUUUUUUUUGUACCUGCAAUUUGUCUGUGUGCGAUUACCCGCUGUAAAUACUGUGUUUACCUCUGCGUUCAGGAAGUAUUGCCUACUUACAGGCGUCGUAUAAUUUCGUCUGAAACGUUUGCCUGCAGGGAUGUUUUUAUCCAUUGGGAUUUUAAUUCUUAAUGAUUGGUAUCAAAUACCCAUAAUAUCGGUGGAAACAAAGUUAGUGUGCUCUAGCUAUUAUUUUGAUGGAGAGGAGAUAUUAUUGAAUGUGUGGGUGAUUAACUCCUUAGCAUAAAUCCCUACCCCUGGAAAGGCAGUUAAAUUAUAUAUAGCUUUUGAUAUUGUGCUAAAUACAAUAUCUGAAACCUAUUAUUUAUUGGUUAAAAGCAUUCUUAGAAAUUGAAAUAGGUCGUGAGUGGCUUCAAUAAUAGUAAACAGAAAGGUCUAUAAGCCCUUCAUUGAAAGAGGUUUGGAGAGAGAGAGUAUUAAAAUGUAUUUAAGUACGAAAUGUACUUGGAGAUACAAAUGAUCAUAUACAAGAACUUUAAUACUGUGAAAAAUAAAAUGGAGUUAUUUAGUGUUAUCACCCUAAUCAUGGGCGUAUAUCCCUUGGAAAAAAAGGGGAGGGGCAGGGUGUCACUUUCUCCCCAUUGAGUUAAAAAGCUACUCACUGUGGGAGUCCGCCUGAACUAGUAAUAUGGUAAAACUGUGAAACGGAGUUAGUAAAGUAAUAAGAACACCAAAAUUACGUAUGUUUUAAGCAAAAUUGUUAAAUAUUAUAAAGUUUCAGCUCAUUGCAAAUCACAUUAAUUCAUUGCUCGUGGAAUUUUUUACACUCCUCUCUUUUUUCAAUCAAUGAUUAAUAAUUAAGAAAACGUAUGCUGCUCUGUUCUCUUUACCUGGUAAACAUAUGUAAAAAUUGAGUUAUUUUUCAAUAUAAGGGACGUAAACAACAUCAAAACAAUUUCUUCAGAGAUGACAUGUGUUGGUUACCCCCCUCAAGUAAAAAAAUGUAAAACCCUUGGGCUGUAGACCCCUACCUCCUUCCGCGCCCGCCCCCCCUUCCUUCUCAAACAAAAAUUGAAUCACACAUUGAUCCUACAGAUUUGCGCCCCUGGAACCGAACCAAUCUUGUAAAAAUAAGGAAUCUUAUGAACUGGGUGUCUAACCUCAAUAGUCCUGUAUUUUCUUAAAUUGUCCUAGUUUGCAGAAAUUAUUAUUAAAAAGACACGUUAUAAAUAAAUCAAUUUUUAAUUUCGUAGGCCUAAAUAAUUAUUUAUUCGCUUUUUGUAAUUUUAUUUUCAUCAAAAUGUUUACUAGGUAAAGUCUGAUGUGGAAUUUUGCGCUUUUGAUUACGUUAUUUUUAAGUUGUCAAAGGCCAUUUUGUAUUAUUUUCACAUAAGAGUUUAGCGUUGUGACGCCAUCAUAAUAUAAAAUGAUGCAAUAAUCAUGAUGGCAUCCGCAGUCGCUCCGUGGACGACGCGACGUGUCAUUGUUGCGUGUGACGCGUCUAUUUCCGUUAUCCCUUCUUUUCUCCUCCCGUUCCCCCUCCACUAGAGCGGUAGUGACGUCACAUUCCAGUGAGGUUUAGGCUCGCAGCGGUAAAACCAGCCAGUUCCUUGUAUCAGCUUGUUAGAGAAUCCAACGAAGUUCGAAGUACGUGGCUCGUACACUCAGCGAAACGUAGCGGAGUUCAGAGGAAACACGUCAUGCGCAGUCUCAGUUCUUCCCGCCAUGCUUUUUUGUGGCUGUUGUGCUGCAGCAAGUCAUUAGUCGCAUGUGCAUCGUGGUGGUCGGCUGUGAUAUUGUUGUGCAGCGUUUUACCGUGAAUAAUGGCAGAUUUGAGUUAUGGAAUUAAUGACUACCCGGCUCUGGUGGUUACUUUCAUCGUCGGUGCUGCAGCUUUUGUCUUGGUGUACAUAUCAAGUUUAUUGAGAUCAUCCAAAAGCGAAGAAGAAGUGAAAACUUUGCGACCUGAAGAAGAAAAAGACAAGUCGGCGCCACAAUCAUCCCAUCCCAAAGUUAACAAGAAGAAACAUGAAAAAUGGAAUCGUGAAUCGAAGCAAACUUUUUCUCACCCAUGGCUGUUGACUUCACUGAAAGGUCAUAGUGGCCAAGUCCUGGACAUGGACUUCAGUAGCAAUGGAAAGUUUUUGGCUACAUGUGCUGAAGACCCAGAAGAGCUGGACCCGGGAGGCAGCGAGCAGAUGAGCGGUAACAGUAGCAGCAGCGAAGCCAACAAGGAGAACAAGGCAGCACGCUCGCUGUCUCGUCGCCAAAAGAAGAACCGCGUGAGGCGCGACGAUGGCUCGCCGGUCUUGCAUCCGGCAACCACCACAAAGAAAUCCCGAGCCAAGUCCAGGAAAGUGCCCGGUGCCGCCGGCACGACAAGCCAGCCGGUUCUGCGCCAGCGCACCAAGCUGAACCUGUCAGACAGUGAUCUGUCUGUGAUCCUGCGCCAUUACGUGCUCACGUCGCAGCAGUUGUUUGAGCUGGGAUUCCCUGUAGAAAGUGCCUUGUACCCCGGGAGGGCCAUCAUCUACAGAGAUGCUGCCGGCACCCAUCAGAGCGGAGUUCAACUCCAUGCACCUUGCCCGCCGUCGUAUUUGUUCGACGUGAAUGCCAGAGAGUUUGUGCCCAAGGGAGCAAAGAAACCAAAUGCUUCCUAUUAUUACGGAGAGAAAACGGCCGGUGCCAGGGAUGUGUUGAGCGAGCCCGGGAUGGAUUACAGCGAGAUCAGGAAGGAGUGGCAUGCAGAUCACGAGAGGAAACUCAGCCUGGCGGUGAGCGACGACUGUAGCGACAGGAGGAGCGGCGACACGCCGGAGAGCAGUAGCGCAUCCCAGGAGACGUCGGCGGAGUCAGACUGCGGGGACACUCCGCCCGAUUCGACUCUGGGAGACGACUCGGGCGUGGACGUGGAUGGCUCGCGCAGGAGCGAGCGGCAGCUGGGUGGCAGCGACGAAAAGAAGUGCGUGCGGUGUGGCCGUGGCUUCUUCAUCACGACCGAUGGGGAGUACCUGACGCAAGAGCACUGUCUCUACCACUGGGGCAAGCCCCACAGGGUGGUGGUCCCGAGUCGCGGGGCGGCCGUGGUGCGCACCCAGUACGGAUGCUGCAGCGGACGGUCCACUUCCAAGGGCUGCACCACCAGCAAGCUGCACGUGUGGUACGGCAUAGGCCAGGGCAUGAACGGCCCGUUCGAAGGCUACGUGCGAACUCGGCCGCGCAAGACGGCUCCGCCGGACGGUAACUUUGGUGUUUACGCUCUGGACUGCGAGAUGUGUUUCACGACCCGCGGGCUGGAGCUCACCAAAGUGACCGUCGUGGGCAUGGAUGGCAGGUUGGUGUACGAUGCCUUGGUCAGGCCGGAGAACUACAUCAUAGACUACAACACACGUUUCUCGGGAAUCACGGCACGUGACUUGUGCAAGCGUGGUACUAAGUCACUCAGGGAAGUGCAGAAUGACCUGAUGGGUUUCAUCAAUGCAGACACUAUUCUUGUAGGUCAUGGACUAGAGAAUGAUCUUCGUGCUUUGCGAAUCAUUCACAGUACUGUAAUAGACACUUCUGUAGUGUUCCCACAUUACUACGGCUUGCCAUUCCGGCGCUCGCUUAAAUCUCUGGUUGGAGCACUGUUGAAGAAGGACAUCCAGCAAGACACGGGGGGACACGACAGCUUGGAGGAUGCUAGGGCGUGUGUGGAACUAAUGCUAUGGAAGUUGAGGAAGGAUUAUCGCGCAAUUCUUGAGAAUGGUGCAGGCUUUAUUCACACAACCAUUUGUGUGCAGUAAGUUAAGCCUUGGAGUAUGUGUCGCAUACACACUCGAGUAUGAUGGAUAAAGCAAACUAGUCAUUUUUGUUCCUCUUAGUGUGUGCCAGCUGUGUUUGUUUUGCAUUCAAUGUUGGUUUGAUGCUGCAAAUGCUGCCUAUUCUUUGAAGUAACGGGCAGUUUUUUAUUUGUGACUGUUGUAAGCAAUGAAGUGCUCAGAGAUUAGUGUGUAAAUGUGGCAUUGUGGAAUUACAUGUUUGAAGAGAUUCAAAAAUGCAGACAGGGUGGUAGGGAAUAGUUUACAAAUGUGUUUGCUUGACAUCUAGUUUUUUUUACAAGAAUUACAAUGUAAAUUUAUUGGCUUGUGCCUGGGAUGAAAAUAGCAUGUUACAUACUUUCUCAGGGCAACAAACAUUUCCAAGUGACCGGGCAAACAAUAGAGGUUAUUUCCUCAAAUUAGUUCGCAGUUUGAAUUCUCUUUCACUACAACAUAAUACAGUACACAUUUUAAAAUGAUUCAUAAUUUAAAUACAUAAUGUAUGACAGUAAGGUUUUGAAGCAAAUUAAAAAAUUGGUAUUAUCAAAUCAAUAGUUACAGGGCACCAAAGCAUUUAUCUGGCCACUAAUACUGUUAUAUUAUUAGCAUCCCUGGUUUAUGCAGUUUAAGCUAUGUUAGUUUUUUACCCGAUUGUCAUUUGUGUUUAAUAGUAUGUAAGCAAGUGCUUUUGAACAAAUUUAUUUUUCUUGUACUUUUGAAUCCCUAAUAUUGAUCUCAUCCAACAUAAAUAAUUUGCUCUGAAUUUAAGUAUUUAUCUGUUAUGAUUGACCGUGAUGAGUUAAGCAACUCUAAGAAAUUUUUUUUUAUGUUAAAGUAGGAUUUAAUUAAUUUAGUAGUCAUACCCUCCAAUUUUUAUUUAUUAUUUCUUUUUUACUUCUAAAUAUUCUGUUUUGAAGUAUCUAUCUUAAUUCUUGGCAUAAGGCAGAAAUAGUAUAUUUGCAAGCUGUUUUUACACUAUCCUCUGGUGUUAUCGAACAGGCUCAGCAUGUCACAGCUGGGAGGAAAUCAGUUUCUUCAUCGUGAGCUGCUGCAGUACACUUAAUAGUUCCAUUUGGCCAAGACUAUUAAGAGCUGUUAAAUUAAAUAAUAAAUGUAUUAUAAAUUGCAUCAAGUUUUUUUUUUUUUUUGAUUCAACUAUAUCAGUUUUUGCGAAUGUGUGUUGAAGCAUUUAAGGGGCCCGCUUAGUCAGAUGUUAGUGAGGUGGGAUGAUAAGUGUGAUGCUUCCUUAUGCUUCGAGCACGGUGCCUGCCUCUAGGGCGCAGUCUUCUAGCCGUGCGUAGGGCAACUAUGAAAUUUGAGCGAUGGUGGUAACAUUUAUGGUGGGAAAAUAGAGAUGAAAAUUUAAUUAAUGCAAGUCCCUUGACAGAUUUUAAGAAUCUGUACCAAUUGUCUCAUCCCCAAAAUUUAUUCUGAAAACAUGUGUUUCAGCCUUUUUCACUCUUAUAAAAACACAGUUAAAAAACAAAAUCCAGAAACAUAACUACUUAUCCACCCUUAGUGCAUUCUUAAAUACUUUUCAUAAACAGACACCAUGCGGAUAUUAUGAGCAGUUUUAAAAUUGCAUGGAAUGUUUCUAAAAAAAAAAUUGCCCACGUAUGUGUGCCCGGAUUAAGCUUGCAAAUGGUCGUUCCGUUUGUUUGAAUCUUUACAGACAGUGGUGUAGAGGUUAAAAGCCUUUGCUAUAGUGACCUAGGUGUUGUCUUAUUGUACAAUUUCAGGUUUCGAAAAAUAUGAACUGGUUUGAAGAUGGAAAAACCUAUUGUAGUUUUGACAUCUGGAGUAUGUAGAUACAGUAUGUAAUUUUAUGGCUGGUGUCCCGAAUGCCCUCUUGAGUGCUGUAGUUAAAUUAUUGCCUAAUUAUAUGCAUUUUAUUACAUUUAGCAUUUAGAAUGGGUGAUGGAUUGCAAUGUCAUCCAUGCACGGGACCAUCGGAAUUUUAUUACAUUUUGUGAUUUGAGUCCAUGUGUGUAGUAUUGUAAAAAUCAUCCAAUUUUGUAAUUUGUGCCCUGCUAGUAAUUUGUCAUUUGAAAACUUAAUUUUCUAAUGGUUUUUUAAAUGAAGUUUCUUAACAGCAGCCAAGACUUGGCUAGAUACUUGUUUGUGUAGAGUAAUGUGAAGGUACCCUGCCACCUAUCUCCUGUCAGAAGUAAAGUAGUUGUGUGGUUCAGUAUUUGUUUAGCAACGGCACAGCCUUUGGUAACGGUGAUCUCAAAACAGUGCAUCUUCCUUUUAUUUAGGACUUAAUUUUUUUUUACUUUACAUCACUCGUGUAUAAAUAACAGUAUUUUGUGAUGUCAUAAGCGGCUUUGGACGUUGGCAAGGCCACUUUAUUUUUCUUGUUCAAUACUUAACAGCAGUAAGGUAGGUACUUAAGGAGAAUACUUUUUCAGUAGGAGCACUGUUGCUCGUGUCAGCCUGACUGCUGGAGACGUGGUUAGCGAUGGUUGGUUUGUGUGUCAUAUGAACUGUGUAGUGGUGUGUAACGUCGGGUGGAGAAACACACACUGCCGCUCACAUUCGCUGCCUUUUUUGCACAGUGCUAUAAGUGUGCUGUGUGUGUGGGCUUGUAUAUACUUGGAUACAAACACAUGUGUUAUUUAUUUUGUCUUGUAUUUUUUGUUGUGUCACUUGUCAUUAGUGUUUUGGUCUUUUUUUAAAUUGUUCUGUCCAAUGAUAGCUAGCUGUAGUUAAAAUGUAGGGCUUUAUUUUUUGUAUGCAACAAUGUAACUGCCAUAUUUUUAUGAGUUGAAAUGGUAAUUUGCCCUUAUAUUAAAACUUUUCAUUUUUAUUUCUGUGUUUGGUCUCUGGAGGUGAUGUAGUAGAUAGAUGUGGUAUUGUUCUUCAUACAUAGUUGGUUGAAGUAAUUUGUCUACAGCAGUAGCUUCUAGCACUGCCAGCCAUUCAGUUUUUUUUAGUAUAGUCUGUGUCAUUACUUGUCUCAAAUUUGAUAGUUCUCAAUAGUAGUACCAACGGUCUAUGUAUCCUGCCACUGUUCUGCCAAUAUUUUUUGACAACAACUUUAUGUGACUCAGUGUGCAUAAAUAAACACCACAUGUUGCUUCUGCAGUGACAUUUAGGAAAUUGCUUCUACUGGUACUACCCACAAUAGAGAACUAUCAAAUUUGAGACAGAUUUAACAACAGACUUUAUGUUCAUGUAAGAAGAUAUUUUUUACUGAAAUGUGGUGAAAGUGAGUUUUUAGUUGAGAUGUGUAGGUAACAACCUUUUUUUAUAUUUGAGGGAAGACUUUUUUUAAUUUAUAAAAUUUGAACAAUGUUUGGCAAUGGGUUCAGGCUGGAAGGAACUUGAAGACUGCUGGAAACCAAUGUUUCUCUGAAAAUAAAGUGUAUUUUAAGAACUGCUGCAAAAGUUUCAUAUUGCCAGUGGUUUUGAAGGUUGUAAAAACAGUGAGAAAACCUGUUUUGUUAACAUUUUGGUCAUUAAAAUACUCAUUUGCAAGUAAGAUUUCUUAAUUUAUUGCCAAAGUGCUCACAUUUUUUUCUUAUAUACUUUGUAAAAUGUAUUUGAGAGGUUCACUAGUAGUAAGUCUUCUUGAUGGUAUUUCGUUAAGUGUAAGCUAAAAAAAAAGGGUGGAAACAAAAAAAUGCAAGUAGUUUUAAAAAGUUUAAAGUUUUUCAGAAUAUGUGAAAUGUCAACAAAUUUGAAUCUAAUGAUGGUUGUACUGGUGAUUUAUGCUGCGGUAGAUGAACAGCUGUGAAAUUUUUACAGACAUGUUUGUUAGUGCCAGUAAAAAGUUGUUUCUAAAGCAGUA